ACGGCGGACGAGCAAGCAGGGUGGUGCCGGGAGCGGCGGGCGGCUGGGAGAGCCUAGUGGACAGUGCGCUGUUGGAUCCUCUGUGCCCCCCACGCCCCUGAACUGCAUCCGGACCGCUGCAUCAGCCAACACUCGCUCUCGCGACCUCUGGCCACAGCUAUGACUUCCCUGGUUGGCGUGACGCUGUUAGCGCUGCUGGCCCUACCUCUGGCCCAAGCGCUGGACUGCCACGUCUGCGCCUACAACGGCGAGAACUGCUUCAACCCCAUGCACUGUCCGUCCAUGGUCUCCUACUGCAUGACCACGCGCACCUCCCACGGUCUGCAGUGUUACCAGUGCAGAGGCUUUGGAGGAUGCAUGCGAAAGUCCAGCUGCCACUCACGCAGCACCCACUGCGUCUCUGUGGGCACCAGGCCCCUUAAUAGCCCCGUGGACCUGCCUCUGGUCAGCAAGUUCUGUUCUAUUGGCUGCCCUGACAUCCACACGCUGAGGCCCCGCGCAUCCCUCUCGUGCUGCCAGGCCAGCCUCUGCAACAUGGACUGAGGCCACCCAGUGCCCCACCUGCAAGGUCUGCAUCUCCUGCCACCCUGAGACCCCUCCCAGCCAGGCCUGAGGGGCCCCGUCCUCCUGGGCACCGCCGUCCAGCACAGCCCCUUUCCUGGGAAGUCCUGCAAGAAGUCUCGCCUAAAUCCACGGCAGACCCA